CCACUAGAAGCUUUUUGGUUACUGUGGCGCAGGUCCGGUAUGCGUAGGUAUGACGUCACGGGGCAACGGAAGACGUCAUAUAUUGGAUCUGGAGAUCGAGAGAGACGAUGCCGAAGUGCUGCGUGGCCUUGGAGUGCGGGAGGUCGGAGGGGGUCAGAGAAAGUUACUAUAAGUUUCCCUUACAUGACAAAGUGCGUCUCAAGCAAUGGCUAGCAAACAUAAAUCUGGAUAAUUUUUUCCCCACCAAAAACCAGUAUCUGUGCAGCAAGCACUUCAAACCUUCUUGUUUCCAAGUGCGUUGGGGAAUCCGCUAUCUCCGACAUGAUGCUGUUCCAACUAUCUUCUCAUCUGGUGCAGUGACUAGAACACAUGCAGCAAAGCCUAAGAUGCUGACAUCGGCGCAGACUGUAAAUGGUGAAGCCUGCAUACCGACUGUUUCACAUUUAGGCAUUGGCCAGACUCUGCCUCUUUCCAACGCACUGGCGAUUGCACUAGAUCCAAGCUCGUCAGCCAGUCAGAUGACAAUAGAUGGAGCACAGUUGUUGGUCAAGAAUACAAACACGCUUGCUGUUCACAACACAGUGAUGGGUGCGGUGAAUUUGAUGCCGCUUGUUCAUAUCGUUGAGUCCUUUGAUGGGUUAUCUUUGGCUCUGGCACCCUCACAAGGCUUUUCGUCUGUAGCUUUACCCAUUGAGGUGACGGGGGCGCAGCAGAUUCAUGAAAUGCCACUGGUAGAACCGGUUGCAAUCCUGUCAGAAGAGCAGCUAGCCUCCACAUCAUUGCAGUGUGGCUUUUAUAAUGGUCAAGUCUUGCAGUGUGCUGGGGAAGAGCUCCCCACCUUUAUUGCAAUGAGCGAGGAUUCUGGCAGUGGCGCUCUAGUUAUAGAAAACAUCUCAAUAGAGCCGUAUUUUGAAACCGCAGUGCCGGCAGAGACACCGGCAUCAAUGUCUACAGAGGAUGUAAUGGCCUAUUUAGAGACCAUGCAAACGGCCACAGUUGUGCCUGCCGUUUCAACAGGCCCUCUUCCACCAUUGAUGCCUUCUCAAGAGACCGUGCUGUCAACCUCCAUCACAAGGCCCAUAGCGUCUACAGUUCCUAUUGUAUCAAAACAUGGGAAGGAGGUGUCUGUCAGCAUAUCUGAACCACUUUCUACAGACCAACCACAGGAACCAGAUGAAACUUUAACCACUGGGGAGCUGGUGUCUGUAGUGGUGAACUUGCAGAAUAAAGUGAAAGCUCUUCAGCAGAGACACCAGAAGCACUGCUCCAAGCUGGAGGCCAUGGAAGGUGUUGUGGAGCAGUUGAAGACUGAAAACCUAGUUUCAGAAGAGAAUAUGAAUUUGCUGGAAUUGGCUUGUCUCAAUUCCACCCCUGCAUCAGCUGAAGAUAAUACUGCAAUUGCGAUUGUUUGUCAAGAUGACGACCAAACCAUGAUGUACUCUCUCCCCAUCCAGGGUGAAAACCAGCCUGUGUAUCAUAUAACGAGGCAAUGAGAUUCCAGUUGUGUUCUGAAUAUGUUACCAUAGUUUAUUGUAUGUUAUAAGCGCUAUACUGAGCAUAUUGGCAUAAGGACACUUCACUGCUGUAUCAAGAGAAGACUACUUUUAUAUAUGGUGUUUUUUGCGGCUAGUCUAUUUAUACAGUGUCCUUAAUAAUUGUUUUAUAUAUAUAGAUUUUUUUUUUGCAAGCAUUUGUUGCUGAAUGUCAGUGUCCCCAGUUGUAGCUUUGGUUUACUGUGGGCAGUUUGUGGCUUCUAUAAACUGAAACAUGGUGGGGAUAGCUUCUGCUUUGAGUCCUCUCUACAGAGCUGCUGCCUUUUGAGCUUUGCAAACUGGCCAUUAAAUAGAGUGAAUGUUGAUGGGCACUGUUCAAGAUGAGUUCUCUUUGGGGACUCUUGCCACUGUAAGCUGUACCACAAGAGCGCGGUACCUAUGCUCCUACUUCUGAUGGCUUACGUAUGCCUGUCAGAAAGCCACAGUGAAUAUAGCCUGUUGGAUCGCUAGAAAACUGAUGGUGUAUGUUACAGGUGUCCAGUGCAUUGAUAAUACACAUUCCCGUUGGCUUCACAGGUUCUAGUGGCCUUAUUGGCUUUGUUCCCGCAAAUGAUAAUUAAGAACAGAGUGGCUGACUUAGAGUAUUUUUGGUUUAAACUUUGAUAUUUCAGGUGGGUCCUUACCUUCUCAUGAGCAGUUCCAGCUUGAUGAAGGUACAGAUGCUGUUCUAUAUUAAGUGAGGACAGGGUAAAGAUUUGUAGCUGAAUUUCUUUCACGUAAGUUUCUUUUCAUUUUAUUUGCCAUUGUUACUUUUUUUUUUGUGUGUGUUUAACAAAUGACUCAUCAGCUGUUAUAUGCAUUGUUUGAAUAAUAUAGAUUUGUGUAGCAAAAUUGAGAUACAUGCGUUUUAUGAAGGGCGUGUUGCUCAGUUGCAUUGCUUGGUGACGUAAUGCACUGUGGCUGUUUCUUGUAAAUUGGGUAGAUGGCACUACUGUGCUGAUCACGUAUCACGUCUACAGCGGAGGUGGGAAUUGCUACUGUGUGACUAGCUGGAGAAAAUAUAGGAUAAUUAUGCAUAUUCAGAGGAGAAUACGUUUCUCUUACAAGCAGGGAUUAUAUCUACACAUUACGGUCUCGCUAUGCCGCCUCUCUGUGCUUGCAGUCCCCGUGUCAUGCCCUUACUAUCCCAAGCUUACGAUCCAUUGCAUGAAACCUCUACACUUUGCUCUUUCCUUCUCUGUAAUCCUUUCUGCUGCCUUGAAGGUUUGUAAAACCUUUAAUCCCCUCUUUGUACCUGGAUAGCGAAAGGUUAAAUGUUUGGCCGAGCACUGUUCCCAAAAAAAUAAAAAUAAAUGAAACAAUUAAUGAGGAUAAAAUGUUGGCCUCUUUGCCCCAUUAAUGGAUGGAGACAGGUGGUCUUGUGUGUGGUCAACCAAAAUAUUCAGCUCACAAGUGGAUAAUUUAGAAAAAUGUCUAUUUUCUGUCAGCAGGCAUCUAAUGUUAAGUACAAUAAAAUGUAAAUCUGUUUACCAGUUGGGAGAUAACAAGCUGUGAAGAGUAAACUGAAAAAUGCAGACUUUCUUCAGUAGAUACAGGAUAUCCCGAUGAUCAUUUAAAACCUUGUUUAAUAUGUGUGAGAGACCCUUUUAAAUUGUGUUUUUGUGAUUGAAUAUUGAUUUCUGUGCAAUACUACUUGAGCUUUUCUGUAAACUUGAAUCUUUUGUUAAAUUAUAAAAUUAUUUUUCCUUUUA